GAUCGUAAUAUGUUUCCAGACGACAAACCCGACAGCUUUGAGAUUCAAGACGGGCUUUUAUUUUAUGCUGUUUUGGCUAAAACAAUCGUGCAGCCGACGUCCCAUAAUAUCCCAUGGACUACAGACUACGGCUUUCACUUUUGGCAUGCUUUGGAGGGCUAUUAUUGAUAGAUCAGAUUCCUGUGACUCAAAACAGAGUUCUAUUAGAAUGCUAUUGUGACUUCUGUGAAAUAACUAACUUCACUUGCACAACUACUGGUGGUUGCCUAACAAGACUGAAAAGGAAUGGUGAUGGCGAAGUAACACGACGAAGAUCAUGUGGAUUUCAUAGUCCUAUGCAUAGAUCAGUGUGUGAGCCAGAAGCUAAUAAUGGUCGCACUGACUCUAUUUAUCACUGUUGUUACUACAACAUGUGUAAUAUUGAUGUGAAUUUGACACUCCCAACUUUGAAACCAGCCAUUUCCUUAGUGUCUUUGGAUGAAGACAAGGAUUACAAGUCCCUUAAUCUCAGCACUGCAGUAGUAGCAGCCAUUAUUGCAUGUCCAAUGUUUGUGAUAUGCAUGUGCAUAAUGCUACUUAUAUGGUACUAUCAACAUCGCAAAUCCCAGUUACCAUCCUAUGGAGGGGUGAACUCUGAAGAAGACCUAGAUAUUCCUCCUGGGAUGACUUUACAUGAUGCUUUACAUGAUAUUUCAACAGGCUCUGGUUCAGGAUUACCACUUCUUGUCCAAAGAACAGUUGCAAGGCAGAUUACAGUGGUAGAGUUGAUUGGCACUGGGCGAUAUGGGGAGGUAUACCGAGGGAAAUGGAGAGGUGAAGAUGUCGCUGUCAAGAUUUUUUCCUCACGUGAUGAAUGUUCCUGGACGAGAGAAACUGAAAUCUACCAGACUGUGAUGCUUCGACAUGAAAACAUUUUAGGUUUUAUUGCAGCCGACAACAAAGACAAUGGUGCAUGGACACAACUUUGGCUCAUCACAGAUUAUCACAGCAAUGGAUCCCUGUACGACUACCUACAAGGUGUAACAUUAGAUGUACAAAGUAUGCUGACCCUGGCCCUGUCGACAGCAUGUGGCCUGGCUCAUCUACACAUGGAAAUCACUGGCAUUUUGGGAAAGCCUGCCAUUGCACACAGAGAUCUUAAAAGUAGGAACAUCCUGGUCAAGAAGAAUGGAUCAUGCUGCAUAGCCGAUCUCGGUUUAGCAGUACGGCACAUUGCUUCAUCCGACAUCGUAGAUAUUCCUAAUGGAAGUCGUGUUGGAACCAAGCGUUACAUGGCCCCAGAGUUUCUUGAAGACAGUGAAUCUGUACGUACCUUCGAUGCCUACAAGAGAGGAGAUAUCUAUGCUUUUGGUCUGGUUCUCUGGGAGAUCUCAAGACGAUGUACGCUGGGUGGAAUGUGUGAAGAAUACCAGUUGCCAUAUUAUGAUAAAGUCUGUCUUGAUCCAAGUAUUGAAGACGUCUUUCAGGUGGUCUGUGUGGAGAAGUACCGACCUUUACAUUCAAAUAGAUGGAAGCAGGACGAGGUCAUGAUGAAGUUUGCAAGAAUCAUGAAAGAAUGUUGGUACCACAACCCUGCAGCCCGACUCACUGCGCUACGCAUCAAGAAGACCCUGCAAAGUCUCCAAGACUCCCUCAGCGAACAAGGAUCAGUUGAUGCUUGAAUACAAGCCUCACUAAAGGACAAGUCAGACAAGACAUCGUCGGUCGUGCAUUCGAGUCACUUCAAAUUUUUAAGACACAAGACGCAACUGUCUCACGAUAUGAUUCGCAGUGUUUGAAGUGAGAAUUUUUGGCGCAAUUUCUUACUCCUUGAAGCAGAAAAGAUACGAAAAUUGCCCAAUUCAAGAUCAGAUGCGACCAAUGGCAUCUUGUACCAAUAACCAGGACUUAUUUGGAAGACAUUUUUCAUGAGCAUUCAUUGUUUUUGCAAGGGGUAGCGCCGGAAAACCAACAGCCAUUUUUCUAUUCAACCAGCUGAGUUGACCAUCAGAAUUGAGUAUUCGGCAUUGUAUUUUGAUUAGCAUUUUCCUUGAUUCUGCCAAGAGAACCCAUGAAAUACGAAUUAUCGUAAACACUAGGAGUCGAAAUCAUGGUGGAAUCCAAUUUUAAUCAACAAGAGAAAUCUACAUUGUACUCAGUCCCUGCUAGGACAAUGCUGACCAAAAACAGUUGACCCAGAAUUCCUUUCUGGGAGCGCAAAAUCGUCACACCCCCAUUCUACUUUCAGCCUUCUUCAAUGGCUACCAACUCUUUGAUAUCUCCCCCACAUUAGACUAGAUAGGUUUCUCCGGCCCUCCCCCGCGGCUGCUAUACAUUGAAUACUCCCUCUGCAGUAACAAAAUGUGAAGCAAUGUAUCACUCCUGUAGUGGUUUAGAAAACCAUGCCUCGUUCUUUGUGCUACAGCAAACAAGCAUUCGUAACCAAUACCCAAAGGAGGAGGGAGGGGUGGGUAGGGAGUAUGUCUAGGUGACCAAAAAUAUUUCUAUCCAGCGGGUCACUGUAUAUACUAGUAUAAAAAUACUUAGAACUUUUAAAAUACUAUAUUAGCUAAUGAGUUUUAGGAAUGAAAAAUAAAUAGUAUGUCCAAAUAAUAUUAAAUUGUAAGAGUAGUCUGAGACUAGUGCAACAACGUAGAUCGAUUUUUUUAAACAAGUUUAGUGGCUUUAAAAGUCUAAAAUGUAAGUUUGAAGUGUAGUUUUUAAGUGAUUUAUGUAAAAUAAAAUUAUCUUAGAAUGCUAAUAAAAUAUAAUAAUUUGUAUCUUAA